AAAGUACUAAAAUAAAUGCGUAUACGCUUGCAUUAGGAGAGUACUAUUCAGAUUUUCUAGUUUAGUCAUAUUUAGUUUCUAUUAAUAGCUAGUUUCGUACUAAAUCGAGAAACAAUGUUUAAAUUAUUGUUACUUGCAAUUAGUUUUUGUUGUUUAGCAGAGGGAUUGAACGUUAAAGUGUCCGUUUACUACGAAUCCUUAUGUCCUGACAGUGUCAACUUUAUUACAAACCAAUUUUGGCCUACAUACAAAAAUAUCGGAUCUCCCGAUAUUUUGGUCGAUUUAAUUCCAUACGGAAAAGCAUCUGAAACAAACAGGUCAGGACAAUGGGUUUUCACGUGCCAACAUGGUCCCGAUGAAUGCUACGGUAACGCUUACCACGCAUGCGCCAUAUCUUUGUUCUCCAAAGAGGAAAGCGCUGAAUUCGUUUACUGUUCAAUGAGCUCCGAUUAUCCCAGCUCAGACGAAACGCUGCGAGAGUGUGCUUCGAAUUUAGGUUUGAGAUGGGCCAGUUUGAAGACUUGUUACGAAUCCGGUCAAUAUAUUAAGCUUCUUAUAGAUAAUGGAGAACGUACUAGAUCAGUAAAACCAGCAAUCACGUUUAUUCCCACUAUUGUGUUGAAUGAUAAGUACUCAGAUCGAAAUCAAAAUGCAGCAUUUACUGGUUUUCAAGAUUUAAUUUGCUCCGUGCUAAAUCAACAACCGGAAGUUUGCAAGGAGGCUUUGGAAGUUGUUUAUAUUUCAUAAUACUUGUUAGCAAAAAAUGUGUUGAAAAAAUAAAAAUCGACAUUCU